CGAGAGCUGCGCAAGUGGCGUGUUGUUUACUCGCGUUGGAGUGUCGCUAAGCCUGUGGCCCUGAUUAGAUUUAGUUUGCCCAAAUCCCCGCACUCACACGCACAGGUAAAUUAAAAGGCAUUAUGGCAAGUGGAUUACUGGCUGGCAAGGUGGCAUUCGUGACAGGCGCCGGCUCUGGCAUUGGCCGUGCCACCUGUCGCAUACUGGCACGUGAUGGCGCCAAGGUCAUUGCCGCGGAUCGCAAUCUGCAGGCAGCGCAAGAGACGGCCGAGGCGCUGGGCGCCGACCGUGCGGCCGCGCUCGAGGUGGACGUCUCGUCGGCGCAGAGCGUGCAGAGUGCGGUAUCCGCCGCAGUGGCCCAGUUCAAGCAGGCGCCCAGCAUCGUGGUCAACUCGGCGGGCAUCACGCGCGACGGCUAUAUGCUGAAAAUGCCGGAGCACGACUACGACGACGUUUACAGCGUGAAUCUGAAGGGCACGUUCCUGGUGACGCAACAGUUCGCCAAGGCGAUGAUCGAGCAGCGGCUGAGCGACUGCAGCAUUGUCAAUCUGUCCAGCAUUGUGGCGCGUCUGAACAAUGUGGGCCAGGCAAACUAUGCAGCCACCAAGGCGGGCGUCAUCUCCUUCACGGAGGUGGCCUCCAAGGAGUUUGGCAAGUUCGGCAUACGCGUCAAUUGCAUACUGCCCGGCUACAUAGACACGCCGAUGGUGGCGGUGGUGCCGGACAAGAUCAAGCAGCAGGUGGUGCAGCGCUGUCCCCUGGGUCGCCUCGGCCAGCCCGACGAAAUCGCCGAGGUAAUUGCCUUCCUAGCCUCCCAGAAGUCCGCCUAUGUGAAUGGCGCCGCCAUCGAGGUCACUGGCGGCCUCAAAUGAAUCAAUUAACAGACACAGAAACAAGCAGCUCGGAUCGAUAAUCGCGCCGAUUGCGUUGCCAUUUGCAUUUAUUUGUUGUAGUUCUAUUAU